AUGCCGAAACCAAAAACAAAACAGAGAAUAAAAGUAAAGAAUAUUACUGGGAAAAUCAGUUACCUGAAAGAUUUGGAUUCUUCGAUUAGGUUUUCGUUUCCCAAUUACGUUUUGGUUAAGUUCAAGUAUGCUUGUGCCUCCCAGCCUCGUCUCUGCAGCAAAUUGGCGGAUAGCAUUUCGGACUUUUGGUUGGCACUACCUCUAGUACAAGCACUGCUUCCAGCACUUCGUCCAAUUGUCAAUGGCCCAGAUCAAACAGAUGAUUCCUUCUCACAUUGGAAACAACCUUUUGUACAACGUGCCCUGUCAGAGGUUGUGGCAAUGUCAUCUUCAUCAGUUUAUCGUCCUCUUCUUCGUGCUUGUGCAGGCUACUUGGCAUCAUUUUCCCCUUCACAUGCUAAGGCAGCAUGUGUCCUUAUUGAUCUCUGCUCUUGUGUGCUAGCACCAUGGAUGGCUCAAGUGGUUGCGAAGAUUGACUUAGCUGUGGAGCUUGUGGAAGACCUUUUCACUGAAUUACAGGGUGCUCAAGUCUUAUUUGCUCGUGCACGUGCAGCCCUCAAGUAUUUAGUGUUGGCAUUAUCUGGGAAAGUGGAUGAUAUAAUGGCCAAAUACAAGGAUGUGAAGCACCAAAUUCUUUUUCUGGUAGAAAUGCUGGAACCUUUCCUGGAUCCGGCCAUGACUCCAGUGAAGAGUGUGAUAUCAUUUGGAAAUGUCUCUUCUACAUUUCUUGAAAAGCAGGAGCAUAACUGUGCAAUAGCACUGAACGUGAUCCGCGCUGCCACGAGAAAACCUGCUGUGCUUCCAUCCUUAGAAGCUGAGUGGAGGCGAGGAUCAGUUGCUCCCAGUGUACUUCUCUCAAUCUUAGAGCCUCACAUGCAGCUACCUGUGGGUAUUGACCUGCGCAAAUUUCCUGUUAGUGAAUCACCAGAGACACAGUCAUUAACUGUUUCAUCUUAUGUAUCUGUUUCCCAAAAUGGAGGAGCCUCUGCCAAGUCAAACAGUCAAGAUGAUAGUGAUGGAAGGACAGAUAAUUUUGAUAUCACAGGGAAGAUGGAUAUUACUGAGGAGUUAAAUGCUCUUUUUGCCCCAUCAGAAUUGGCUAGUUUGUCUCUCACAAAUGCUUCGUGCAGUGUAGACCUAAAACAGUCAGAUUCCGACUCUUGCAAUGUUAAUAUGGAGGGAAACAAUAUUCCAAAGGAUUCAAACAAGCAAUCACAAGAUAAUGUUCUACCAAAUAACAUUUUUGUGGCAGAAUACUCUAAUUUACAAGCUGAUUAUUUGCAGCUUAUCAACUAUCGAGACUGUGAGUUGAGGGCUUCUGAAUUUAGACGUUUUGCUCUUGAUCUGCAGUCUCAAAGUCCUCUUGCUCCAGAAGGUCAUAAUACUGCCAUAGAUGCUUUGCUCUUGGCAGCAGAGUGUUAUAUUAAUCCUUACUUUAUGAUGCCCUUCAGGAACACUUCUCAGGAUAUUAACAAAGGCAAUGUGAAUAGGAACUCUGAAAGCUAUGGACUGACAGAUGUCAGAAGGGUUCUAGAAAAGAAAGAUACCGAGUUGAAAAUAGUAGAUGGUCUUGAAAGAAAAAGAGAUAAAGCUGUUCUUGAACUCCUGCUUGAGGCAGCAGAGUUGGAUAGAAAGUAUCAGAAAACAGCGUUGGAUGCGGAACUUGAUACUUCACAUAUUGAAGAGCGCGAGGAAGUCAUAAGUUUGGCACCGGAUGGUAUUCUGUUUGCAGAUGCUAUCACCUUAGUGCGGCAGAAUCAAGCACUUUUGUGCAAAUUCUUAAUUCAGAGAUUACAAAGGAACGAGCAGUCUGUGCAUGAGAUUCUCAUGCAAUGUGUUUUGUUUGUGCUGCACUCAGCAACCAAACUGUUCUGUGCCCCUGAGAGUAUAGUUGAUAUAAUACUGAACUCUGCUGAAUUCUUCAAUGGGCUACUGAAAUCAAUUUAUUAUCAGUUCAAAGAAGGAAAUUUGCAGUUGGAUCAGAGCAAGCUGCAUGAGGUACAACGUCGAUGGGUGCUUCUUCGGAGAUUGGUAAUUGCUUCAAGUGGCACCGAUGAGGAAUCAAGUACCUCCAUAAGCGUACAAAAUGGUUUCCGGUUUGCAAACCUUAUUCCACCAUCAGCGUGGCUGCAGAAAGUAUCUGUAUUCUCUUGUUCUGCCUCUCCUCUGGUUAGAUAUCUUGGUUGGAUGGCAGUGUCUCGUAAUGCCAAACAAUAUCUGAAAGACCGCCUUUUCCUUGGUUCAGAUCUGUCCCAGUUGACAUAUUUGAUAUCAAUAUUUUCUGAUGAACUCUCUCUGGUAGACAAUAUUGUUGAUCAGAAAAACGACAAGCAGAAGACUGAAGAAUCAAGAGUUAGGGACACAGGCAAUGAGCAAGUGCUAGGACAUUCCAGUCAAGAAUAUGUGGAUCUAUCAUUUCAUGCUAUAUACCCUGAGAUUAGUCAGUUCUUUCCCGAUCUAAAGAAAGAGUUUGAAGCUUUUGGAGAAUCCAUACUAGAGGCUGUAAGGUUGCAGCUGAGAUCUCUAUCAUCGGCUGUGGUGCCUGAUCUGAUGUGUUGGUUUUCUGACUUGUGUUCAUGGCCUUUUCUAGGACAAGAAAAAGGUCAACUUUAUUCUCAAAAGAAUCCUGAUAAUUUGAAAGGUUUUGUGGCAAAGAAUUCAAAGGCUGUUAUCCUGUUUGUGCUUGAAUCCAUUUUGUCUGAGCAUAUGGAAGCGAUAGUACCAGAAUUACCUAGGUUGGUGCAAGUUCUGGCAUCACUUUGUAGAAGCUAUUACUGUGAUGUGACGUUCCUUGAUUCUAUAUUGCAUUUACUAAAGCCAAUCAUAGCACAUUCUUUACAUAAGGUCUCUAAAGAAGAAAUCCAAUUGAGUGAUGAUUCAUGUUCUAAUUUUGAGUCUCUAUGCUUUGAUGAGCUUCUUGAUGAUAUUAGGCAGAACAAUAAUGAUCAAGGACAUCAAAAAAUCUAUUCCAGGGCAUUAACAAUUUUCGUUUUAGCCACAGUUUUUCCUGAUCUAUCCUUCCACUGCAAAAUGACAAUUUUGAAGUCCUCCCUCUGCUGGGCUGAUUUUGCUUCUUUUGAACUGAAGACUUCAUUUCAUGAUUAUCUUUGUUCCUAUCAGACCCUAAUGGAAAGUUGCAAAAACUUUUUGGUUGGGACAUCCAGAGUCUUGGGUAUCAUUCCUUUUAAGACAUCCCUCUAUUGUGAUGGAAGAGUAUGUGAAUCUCUCGAUGACAGCUCUGAGUCAUGCUCAUGGUUUCUUGGUGAUGUCUGUAACCUUGCUUCUUCGACUGGGGUUCCUGAGAACCUUGAAAAGGAAAAAGAUACUGCUGUUCACGUAAAUGAAAAGGAUUGUAAAUUGACUUCUGAGGAAAUAGUUGAAUUUUCAGAGGAGUUAGAGUGCCUCAUUAAUAAGCUUUUUCCAACGCUAGAUGAAUGCUGCAAGAUUCACCGUAGACUGGCAAAAAGGUUGGCUAUUACUUCGGCAGAGUGCUUUGUGUACUCAAAAUGCUUGUCAAUGUUCAGACAAAGGUUACUUGUGCCCUCGCAAAUUGAUAAGGAAGGUAUUAUGCCAACCAGUGCUGAAUAUGUAUCCAUGGAUGGCUGGAACGUCAGUCUACAAGAAUAUGCACAAAUGAUACUGGUGCUUCAGGAAAAACAUUGCUGGGAAGUUGCAUCUGUGAUGCUUGAUUGUUUACUAGGAGUGCCUGAAUGCUUCAGUUUAGAUGGUGUGAUUGAUAAACUCUGUUCUGCAAUAAUUAGCUUUUCUUCCGGGGCACCAAAUAUUGCCUGGCGGUUGCAGACUGAUAAAUGGCUGUGUUUCUUGCUAAGGAGAGGUACCCACCUUCUUCCCAACUGUGAAACUCCUAUAAACGAUGUGUUUGCUUCCAUGCUUAAGCAUCCUGAACCAGAGCAACGAUUUAUUGCACUUAAACACUUGAGGAAACUUAUGGGUGAAGAUGCAAAUGGUGGAGCAGCUUCUUUAUCUUUAAAGCCAACUGGUGGAGUAGCUUACUCAGACUUGGUUAUUUCUCCUGUGCCAAUAUUAUCAAGUCUGGUUGCUGGUAUGUGGGAUCAGGUGGCUUGCCUGGUGUCAUCUGAUACAUCACUUCUUUUAAGAACCCAUUUUUUGAAUUCAAUGGCGGGUAAUGAAGGUAUGGAAAGUAGAUGGAUGUUUCACCAGCAGAAUUUUGUGGUUUGUCGUUGA